UGUGUGUGUGUGUGUGUGUGUUCGUGUUCGUGCUCCGUGAAACAAUAUAAGGGAGGGGAGGAGCUGUAGCUGCAGUCACUAACAUCACCAUCGUCAUGAUUAUUCACAUUACACUGCUGCUACUAGGCCUCACAGCCUCUCCCUGCCUGGCGGAGGUGACUGGUGAACCAGGUGCCCCUGUCAAGGUGUCUGUGUACUACGAGACUCUGUGUCCAGACAGUCAACGGUUCAUCACCAAUCAGCUCUACCCUGUGUGGCUCAACCUUAUGGAUAUCAUGGAAAUUGAUAUUAAUGCUUAUGGAAAGGCAAAUGACACUGAAGUGGAUGAUGGCUACGUCUUUGAAUGUCAACAUGGACCAGACGAGUGUGAGGGUAACAUUAUGAUGGCUUGUGCCAGGGAAUAUAUCGAGGAAGAUGAAUUCUUCAUGACUUUCCUCAACUGUAUUAUGUCUGAGUUCGAAGGUGCUAGCGCUGGAGAACUGUGUGCACUGGAGGCCGGAGUCGACUUCCUACCUAUAGAUUCGUGUUAUAGCAGCGAGGAGGGGCAGUACCUGCUCCACGAGGUAGGGGUGAAGGAGAGUCAACUCCAGCCACCUCUCACCUACGUCCCCUGGAUCCUUAUCAACGACGUGUUCACUGCAGAUCAGUUAAUAGAGGCGCAAGAGGACCUGCAGAAGGUGGUGUGCGAGGCCUACACUGGGGACCUGCCAGCAGCAUGUAGCUCCUAGAAGAGGCUCGACCGAAACGUCGGUGGUGAUCUACUAGUAGAUCACGUUCUACCAGUAGAUCGCGGACCCAUUUCUAGUAGAUCGCGCGAUGACCAGAAAACAUUAAAUAUAUUUCUAGGUUAGAAAAAUAACGACAAAUAUGUCUAUGUGCAUUUGCCAAUAUAUUCAUAUGUUCACUUAAUUUUAUUUUUGGGUAGUUUGUCUGCCUCUGUCUCUCUGUCUCUGUCUCUGUCUGUCUGUCUGUCUGUCUGUCUGUCUGUCUCUCUCUCUCUCUCUCUCUCUCUCUCUCUCUCUCUCUCCCUUCAACACGAGUCUCAGAUAUAGCUUGAGAAAGCUCUACUGGGAGUGCAGCAUUACCCAGGUUAAGGUAAUUCUACAAGCUUGUAACAAUGUACAAAUACCAGUCAGGUCACCUUGACCAUAUACUAAGUGUCUUAAAUACUUAGAAUUUAGCUCGCAAACGCUGAAACACUUGCAGUACAAUUAGCAAAUGUUUGAGAAGUUGAAUAAGUGCCAAGAAAAUAAAUCUCGACAUGAACCUUAAAAAAAAUUAGGUCCACGAAGCUCUUACAUUUCCUCUGUAUAGGGCUUUUUUUUUUUGUAAAUGCGAUUGAAAAAAACAUCAAAAUAGAAAUCGUAUUAUAGGGAAGCUUUAUAGAAAAGCUUAGUGUAUAUCCUAGAACAUCACCGUGUUGUUAUUGUUCUCUUUUAUCAAACGAGUCGAAUAUUUGACCACUGACUGGGCCAUCAGAAUCAGCAAAACCAGUCAUCAAAACCCAGUCAGAAAUUCACUGAUAGCUGUAUAUUUUUCAGAGCAAUCACUACUUGAGAACAUAAUCUGUGAGAUAUUUAAUAAAUCUGUUAUAUUUCA